UGGAUGGGCACAAAAUGGGAACUAUGUCAAGCCGCAGGGCCCGUCGACCAACCAGCCAUCUUAGCUAACCCCAGCCAGCCCGAGCUUAAGAGACCCUGGCUCAAAAUUCUAAGCAACAGCCGUCAGGUCGACCCAAAAUCUUUGGAGCGAUCUCAGUGCCUCGCCCGGGCCAUUAUUUCGCCCUGGCUCUGACUUGAUAUUGCUGCGGAUCGCUUUUUCUGCCUGCGCAUUUCACUCCGGCAUAUCCCAUUCCCAAGAACCUUUCUCCAGGUCUCCAAGGACUUUGUCGUUCCCUCUCUUUGGCUCUUCUGAGCACCCUCCUCACUCUCGGUGGAACGAUUGCAGACAGCAAGGACAAAAUCACCAUCCGCAACCGUGGCGGCGUCAGCCAAAUUCCCAGCGGCAUUGCCCGCGGAGAAUAUGACGGUGUCGAGCAGCCCGGAUGCAGUACCUGGUGAAGAAUACGAGUAUGAAGCUCUACCACCAAACUAUGGUCUUGGACACAAUAUGUUGGCCGGCGCGUUCGCAGGCAUCGCGGAACAUACGGUCAUGUAUCCGGUGGACUUGAUGAAGACACGGAUGCAAAUCAUAAAUCCUUCAGCCGGCGGCCUGUAUACGGGGCUUUCACACGCAGUAUCUACAAUAUAUCGGAUAGAAGGGCUGCGGACGCUAUGGAGAGGAGUGACCAGUGUCAUUGUUGGAGCAGGCCCUGCCCAUGCCGUAUAUUUUGGCACAUACGAAGUGGUGAAAGAGUUUGCGGGUGGGAACAAAGAAGAUGGCAAACAUCAUCCUCUCGCUGCCGCUGCGAGCGGAGCAUGCGCAACCAUUGCGAGUGAUGCUCUGAUGAACCCCUUUGAUGUCAUUAAACAACGGAUGCAGGUUCACGGGUCGACCUACCGGUCGAUAUCGCACUGCGCCCGCUCAGUCUGGCGCGCCGAGGGUAUUUCCGCAUUCUACGUAUCUUACCCCACGACAUUAUGUAUGACGGUUCCCUUCACGGCUACGCAAUUCAUGGCCUACGAAUCUCUCUCCAAAAUCAUGAACCCUCGGAAAGAGUAUGAUCCGAUUACACAUUGCGUGGCUGGUGGCUUGGCCGGAGCCUUUGCGGCCGGCAUCACCACCCCGCUGGAUGUGAUCAAGACGUUGCUCCAGACGAGGGGACUGAGUCAACAAGCCGAGAUACGCAAUGUACGAGGAUUGUUCCAUGCGGCCUCCAUCAUCAAGAAAGAAUUCGGCUGGAGGGGAUUUAUGAGAGGGUGGCGGCCGAGAAUCAUUACCACUAUGCCAAGCACCGCCAUUUGCUGGUCAUCAUACGAAAUGGCAAAGGCCUACUUCAAGAGGACGCUUCGGGAAGAACAGACAUCCCAUACCAAUAAAUUAUGAUCGACCUAGCGUCGCCGAUCGACCAACAUUGCUUCAGCGUUUCCGUGUCUCACAAGCAAUGAGGAAUCUAGCAGGAUCUGACAUCUCCUGCGAAGUGCGCGUCAAUAGUAUUUACAUCACGUUCUUGCGCAAACAAGAUACCCACUGGAGGCGCGUUUGGGAGGUAGUCGGCCGCGGUACGCUCGUACUGGGGUUUGCUGUUCGAGCACGAUCACGACGAUUUCCGUUCUAUGGAGCAGGGCUUGCUGAGCCUUUGCAAUGGCAGUAGGGGCUCAUGCAUAUAUGCAAAAAGAACAGGCGUUACAGCAAUGGAAGCAGGGCGCUGAUACCUGCCCUUUGUCAGCUGGCGAUGCCCGGGGACAAAGGGAUUUUGGGAUAAUACUGUACAUCUAUGGCAUAACACCAAAAGUGGGACGGGUUGAGCGUUUCGACCAGCUGUUUGUCGGUCUCUUUUCAUCAUCUGAUAGACCAGGCUAAUCAGCAAUGAAAAUUGAAGAUGCUCUGUGAGCACUGUUGUUGCUCGUGGCUGUGCUUACCUUACGGAAGUCCCUUCUCCUGUACGGAGUCCACGUGCGUUAUUUUCCCUGACUGAAAUUGCCAUCACGAAUGUAGGAUCUGUG